AUGACUAAAAACAUUGUUAUCGUUGGCGGCGGAUUCGCCGGCACAGCUGUUGCUAAUGCCCUUGAAAAGUCAUUGGCUGCAUCAAACGACCGAGAACAUCGCAUCAUCUUGAUUGAAUCGAAAUCUCAUUUCUAUCACGCCAUCGCUGGUCUCAGAUCUGCUGUGCGCGACUGGGACGCUCGCAUCAUGGUACCUUACACUGAUUUGUUCCAAAAUAAGAAAAACAAGGUUGUUCAAGCAAGCGCAGUGCAACUCGAGAAGAACGAAAUCGUUUUGGACCAAUCCUUUGAGGAGUUUGGUGAUCGUAUCGCUUUUGACUACUUGAUCCUUGCUACUGGCACACUUUACCCUGCACCUGCCAAGGCGUCUGCUCUGAGCUAUGAAGCCACUCAUGCUAAUCUCAAAUCUCUUCGUGCCGAUAUCAAACUUGCAAAAUCAGUUGUCAUUGUAGGUGGUGGGCCCGUUGGUAUCGAAUUGGCUGGCGAGAUCCGUGAGGUGUACGCCGACAAAAAGAUCACAAUUGUACACGACAAGGACAACUUUAUGGAUGAAGCUAGUAGCCCCAAUGCUAAAUUCAGAAAAAGCUUGCUGGAUUUGGCUCAAAAGAACAAGAUUGAUACCAUCUUUAAUGAUGCCGUUGAUUUGCCCACUGAUCUCAAGGAUCAUUUCUACCGCCCUGAAGCUGGUAUUGUCAAAACAAAGAAGGGUCAGUCCAUUGAAAAUGUCGAUCUCGUCUUGCUAGCUUUCGGUAAUCGUCCUGCAACUGCCUGGUUAAAGAACUCUGCUUUUGGUGCUGAUAUUGUCAACGCAAAUGGCUACAUCAAGGUCAAGAAAUCCCUCCAAGUAGAUCAUGCUGAUGCGUCCAAUAUUUUCGUGCUGGGUGAUGUUGCCGAUUUCAAAGAAACCAAGCUGGCUUUCCGUAUUCGUUCUCAUGUCCCCGUAGUAGUUGAGAAUCUAGUGCAAAUUGCUGUCAAGAAGGGAACCCCCACUGCAGAGUACAAGAAGGGCCCUGACGGUAUCUUUAUUACCUUUGGUAGCAAGCAAGGUGCCGGUGUUCUUCCUCUCUUUGGCGGUCUCAGUGUGGGAAGCUGGCUCACCUCUUCCUUGAAAAGUAAGAGCCUCUUCAUUAGCAACAGUUGGAAGACAUUGCAUGCCAAGGAGCCUGCUGCAAAGAGGUAA